AUGAUGGAAAGUGAUGAGCAUGAUGAAUAUAAGGAUUACAAAUGCAUAAGUUAUGGUCUUCUUUUAAAAAAGAUAGCUAAGAGAUCUAUCAAUGAUUGGUUUUUUUUUUGUGAGAGAGUUGAUAAUGAUAGUGGAGAAAAUUAUGAUUAUUUACGAAGUGCAUUAAUACAAUAUUGUAGACAUAUGAGAGAAUGUUUUUUAAAAAUAUUAGAAAUAGAUAAAUAUCGAGAACGUAAUAAAGAAAUUAAUGAUUUAAUUAAAUAUAUACUUGAGAGUAAACAAACAUAUGAAGAAUUCAAAACAAAAUAUCAAUAUGAUUUAUAUAUGACAAAAUUAAAAACAAUUCCAUUACAAAUAAAUGAAAAUAAUAUAUUAUGUGCUAUAGAUAUAUUAUCAACAAAAAGAUAUACUAGAUUUCCUUUAUUAUUUAAAGAAAUAUUAAAAAAUCCGAAUGAAUGUUUUUUACCUAAUUUAAAUAAAUAUCAAAUGAAUAUUUUGAAAAAAAGAAUAAUAGAUGAAUUCUUAAUUAAUUAUUAUAUAUCUAAAAUACCAAAAAAAAAAGUAGAUUUUAUUUUUUCACAUGGUAUAUUAGAUUUAGAAAUAAUAAAUGAAGUUAGGAUAUCUCUUAUUAGUGACUUUUUAAAUGUGAAAAUAUUAAAUGUAGACAUAUUAUUUCUACACACUAUGAAUCUGAGUGAAUCUCACAAUCUUAUAUUAAGCAACCUAAUAAAUUAUCAUCUGCUUCAAAAACAGCAACAGUGUUAUAGUAACUAUAUAACUUCUAAAGAACAAAUGAAUGAAAAAGAGGAUAUAUCAACAGGUCGCAUGGAACACAUCGAAGGAGCAAAAAAUUUUGAGGGUUAUCUAUCUCCAUGGGGCGACAAGAUUGAAAAGGACCAAAAUGGUGGUGAUAAUAAAGAUAAUGUUGGUGAUAAAAUGGGUGAUAAUAAAGAUAAUGUUGGUGAUAAAAUGGGUGAUAAUAAAGAUAAUGUUGGUGAUAAAAUGAGUGAUAAUAAAGAUAAUGUUGGUGAUAAAAUGAGUGAUAAUAAAUAUAAUGGUGAUGAUAAUUCACAUUAUAGUGAUAAUUCACUUUAUAGUGAUAAUUCACUUUAUAGUGAUAAUUCACAUUAUAGUAAUAAUCCACAUAGUAGUAAUAAAUCUCAUGAGGGUGAUGAUAAAACUUAUGAAUUAAAUAAUUUUAUAGAUUAUAUACUUAAAAAAGAAAAAAAGAAAGAAAGAUGUCAUCAUGAAAAAAAUAAUAGUAUUGAAAAAUAUUAUGUAAAAAAUGUAAGUACAAAAAAAGCACAACUACAACUUAGUGAUAUUUUUUAUGAAAUAUAUAAGCUUAGUCAUUUUUAUUGUAGUAUUCAAAUAUUAGAAUUUUAUAAAGGUUGUAUAAAUCAAUAUAAUUCUUAUAAUUAUAAAAAAAAGAAAUUUCAAUUAUAUAAAGUAUUUAAAAAUAAUAAUAUUGAAUACACACCUUCUUGUUAUAAUUACACAUUAAAUGAUAAUGAUGUUUUUUUACAUUUGGAUAUACAAUUAUAUGACAUUGAUUUAACAGAUUCUAUUAUAUAUACAUAUUUUAAGAAAAGAAAAAAUAAUACACCAAUUUUUAUAAAUGAAAUGAAUAAAAAUAAAAUUAUUUUAAAAUUUAUAUUAAAUAAUUUAAAUGGAAAUAUUCAAGUUUUUAUGUGGCCAUUUAGUUAUUUUUCUAAUAAAAAUGAAAAAAAUAAAAAAAAUAAAAAAAAUAAAAAAAAUGAAAAAAAUGAAAAAAAUGAAAAAAAUAAUAAAAAUGAAAAAAAUGAAAAAAAUAUUAUUUUUAAAAAUAUUUUAUCAUAUUACGAAUAUGUAAUAUGUUUUUAUAUGAAGAAAAAAAUUAAAAAUAUUUUAUCUUAUAAUCCUUAUUAUAUUCAUAUAGAAAAUUGGUAUAACAAAAUUGGUUAUUGCAUUGUAUUCUUUUUAUUUUCUAUACUGAAAAUAUUUUCUACUUGUCAUGAUGAUACGACUCUACUUUUAUCUAGGAAGCACAUAUAUUAUUUAAAGGAUUCCUUAGAAAAAAGUGAGUAUUCAUAUAAGACAGGUGUAAUAAAUAUACAUGAUUUAUUGUUAGAUUAUUUUUUUGACUUACAUUUUAUAAAGGAGGAGUUGAAAUGUCAAGAUAUACAUGGAAAUAUUCAAAUUAAAGAAAUAGAUGACCAUAGUAAUUAUCAAGAAAAUAAUAAUAUAUUAAACUUUUUAACAUUAAUUAAUUUGAAGAAAGAAAAUGAAAACUCAUAUAUAUUAAGAUAUAUAUUUUAUAAUCAAAAGAUUGAUUUAUUUAUAAAUAUGAUAAAAGAAAAGUUAGUAUUUAAAUGUCACUGGGAUAGUGAUAUAUUUAUAAAUAUGAUUAGUUUAUCUUAUAAUUUAAAAUUGAUUAUAUAUAUAUUAUAUUUAUUGAAAUAUUAUUCUUCAUAUAUUUAUUUAUACAAAAUUUUAAAAGAACGAUUUCAAGUAAGACCUGGUAAAAUGGAAAAUUUUACUUUUAAUAAAAAGGAUUUAUAUCCAAAUAUUUUUUUUCACAAAUUAAUGUUAUAUUAUUUUUUAAAGAAAUCGGACUAUUCAUCUAAUCUAGUACUAACAAAAUUUUUGGAGCAAUUUUUUUCUUAUAUUGAUUUUUAUUUUUAUAUUUAUUCGGGUGAGCAAACUAAUUUGGAGGCACAACUAAAAAGGGAAUUGGAAAGGGGGAAAAAAAUAAAUAAUGUGAAAAAGGUGGAUGAUAAUAUGAAUAGAUAUGAUGAUAAUAUGAAUAAACAUACAAAUCAUUUGAAUGACAAAGAUAAUUAUAAUAAUAAAGACAUCUUUAUAGAAAACACCAUAGGUGAUAAACAGAAUUUCUCUUAUAGAAAAAAUUUUGUAUCCAUCUUUUAUUAUACUUUAUAUAUAAAUAAAAAUACACCCAUACUAUUAUGCAUAUUAAUAGAAAGAGGCUAUAUAUUUUGCUCUUAUAUUAUUAUAACAUUUGAAAAUAUGAAAAAAGAAAAUAUAGAAAAAGAAAAUAGAGGAGGUACAUAUGAAGAAGAUAUGAAUAAGACAUUUAAAAAAAAUAAUAGUUUUAUAAUACCCUUAAUUCAUAAAAAAUAUAUUCUUUCCUCAGACAUGCAUUUAUAUUUUGAUAGUUUGAAAGAUUUGAUUGAUAAUUAUUCUAAUAUGUUUAUUAAUUUAUAUAAUAUAUUAAAAGUUAAUUUUUUCUGUCCCUUAUUUUCUGAUGCCUUUGAUUUUUCUACUCAUAUAAUGAUAAAUAGAAAGGACAAAAGAAGAAAUGAUGAAAUGAAGAAUGUGAGAGGAACUAAUAUGAAAAGGGAUGAACAAAAAGGAUAUAUAGACAAUAUUAUUCAUAAUAAUAAUAGUAAUAAUAAUAGUAAUAGUAAUAAUAAUAGUAAUAGUAAUAGUAAUAAUAAUACACCUUGUUAUAUGUACCAAUUUUUUGGUGAACAUAAUUAUAUUAAUUUCAUAAGGCAAAAGAAAAAAUGUGCCCUAGAUUUACAAUAUUAUAUAAAUAAAAAGAAAAAUAAAAAUUGUUAUGAAUAUCCAGAAAAUUAUAUUAAUAAUUAUAUGCUACAUUUAUAUACAUUAUUCAAUAAAUCAUAUGCUAUGAAUAAUGAUUACAACAUGAACAAGCAAGAUAACAAUAAUAAAUUAAAUUACCUUUUAAUAAAAAUGGAUAGUACUGGUUCUCUUUUUUUUAAAAUGCCAAUAAAAGAAAAAAGAUAUAUGAAAAUAAAUAAUUUGGAUGUGAUAAAAAAUAGGGAGUUAUUCAUAUAUCAUAAAUGUUUAGUUAUAAAUAUGAAACUGGAAAAAAAAACAAAAAAAAAAAAUAAAUGUAACAAUGAAAUACAAAAUGAUCAUAAUGGUAGUAUAAAUUCAGCAUGCAUAGUACAAGAAAAUAAAUUAAUAAAAAAUGAAGAUCAAAUAAAUCACAUUAAAGAUAUAAAUGUGAUGAAUAAAGAUUUAUGUUGUAAUAUAGUUAGUGAUGAAAAAGAUGAAGAACAUAUAUCAAAUAAUAUAACAACUUCGAAUGAAAAUAAAAUAAAUAAUUGGGUUUUAAUUAAAAAAAUGUAUAUAUUAUUAAAUGAUGAAUGUAAUAAGUUCAAUAUCUUAACUAUAUUUUCAUGUAUCAUAAAAAGUUGUUAUGCUUUAUAUUUUUCAAACGAGCUUUAUUAUUUAGAAAAUAAAAUAAUGCCUUCAAUUUUUGUUGUAAGAAAUAGUAAUAUAUAUAAUAUUGAUAUUACAUAUCAUUGUAAUUAUAAUAAAGAUAUAACAUGCUUUAUAAGUUUAAAUUUUUUGAAUAAUGAUUAUUAUUAUGAUGAUGAUGAUAAUAUAAAAAAUGAAUUAUAUAAAAACAAUAAUAAUAUUAUAGAAAAAGAAGAAAUAUUAAAUAAUAGUCAUAAUACAUUUAAAAGAAAUAGUAUAAAUGAUAUGAGAACAUUUACUACAUUUAAUGAUAUAUUAAAGAAAUUAUUAUUUAUUGAUAUAUCUGUUAAGAAUCCAAUUAAUUGUUUAAACAACAUUUAUAUUAAAGAAAAAAAUAAUUUAUAUCUAUAUUUAGAAAAAAAAAAAAGUAUAUUUAAUUUAUUAAAAUUAAUAUGUUUUACAUAUGAAUUUCAUCAUUAUUUUUAUAUUUUAAUAAAUAAAACAAAUGAACAUUUAAGAAAUAUACAUUUCUUAAAUAUUAUAGAUCCGUCUAUCCUAUUUGAUAUUCAAUAUGAAAAUCUAUUUACAAUAAAUUUGAUAUGUAAAGAUAUAUAUAUAUAUAAUAGUAAUUUAUCUUUUUAUAUUUUAUUACAUCCUGAAUAUUAUUCUAAAAUUCUAAUCAUACCGCAUUUAAUAACUUAUUAUAAUAAAAAUCAUAGGAAUGAACUGAGCAUCAUCAAAAAAAAAAAUUAUUUUUUUAAAAAUUUUAAAUGUCAUGAUUUAUUCAAAAAUAAACAACAAAAUUAUAAUGAUUCAUUUGUCAACAUAAAAAGGGAUGGAGAAAUAAUACAAGAAAAUUUAUCAUCAGCUCGUUCAGUUCAUAUAGAUCCCUUAUUGAAUAAUCAAAAUGUAUGUAUUGAUAAUAUGGAUGAAGAAGAUUUAUUUAUUUAUUUAUUUUUAAACUAUUGUAAUUUAAUAAAUUUUAAUAUAACCAAUACUAAUUUGUCACAAGAUUGUCAUGAUAACAUAUCAGAUUUAAAUAAAACAAAAAAUAAAAAUGAAGAAUAUUUUUGUUCUUCUCCACCUACAAAGGUCCUUACUACUAAAAUUGAUGAGGUAUUAUUAUUUUCAUCAAAUUAUUUGAACGAUUUUGAAGAAUAUGAGAUAUUUAUAUCAAAUAUAAAAUAUUUAUUAAAAAUAAAAAAUAAGAUAAUAUCAUCAGAACUAUUUUUUUUCUCUCCAUAUUUUCUUCCAACCAUAUUAUAUAAUCUAUUUGAAUUUUUAAGGACAUUCGGAGUGUGGCUAACAUUAAUAUGUAGACUAAAAAAUGAUUACACAGAUAUUAAAUUAAGACGUGAUAAAAAUAUAAGUAAUAUAUUUCAAUAUAUCACAGCUAGGAAGAAUAAGAACCCUUGUGAUCAUGAACCCAAUCCUGGAGAAACAAAUAUGAAUACAGAUUAUAAUGAUAAUGAUAAUAAUAAUAAUAAUAAUAAUAAUGAUACAAUAAAAAAAGAAGCAAGUGAUAAUCAGAAUGAUCAUAUUUAUAUACAUUUAAUAUGGAAUAUAUAUAAUGUUAGAACGUUAUACAUAGAAAGAUUAAAAAAUGAUAGAAAGAUAAAUAAUGCCAAGAGGAAUUAUGAAACCUUUCAUAGUAAUAUCAAUGAAAUAUUUAAUGAUAAUACUAAUUGUCAAAAUAGAAAUGUAGAAGAUAAUAAAGAGGAAACUAUAGAAGAUAUUAUGAAAUAUAAAAAAUUAAAAACAAAUGAAGAUGAUCAAAAGGUUGAUAAUAUAUGUAUACAAGUAACAGAUAAUAAUAUAAUGCAGAUAAAUGAAGAAAAAAAAAAACAAAAAACAAAAAAUAAAGAAUAUACACCAAAUGAAGAACAAGAUAAUAUAAAUUUAAUAAAUCAGAAUGACAAUAUGUAUAUAUAUUCAUUGAUAAAUAAUACACUCAUUUUGAAUAACAUAGAUAUAAAAAAAUGGAAAUAUCUUAUAAAUUCUUAUUGUUUUAAUAAUUUUAUAAUGUUUUUACAAACAACACAAAAUAAAUAUUUGAUUCAUAAAAGUUUGAUAAAAAAAGCAUUUUUUUUAAGAAGUUUAAAAUUUGAUGAUUUCAAUGAUAUAAAAUCUUAUUAUAACAAGGUAAAGAAAAUUAAUUAUUGUGAUAAGAAUUAUAAGAAUGAUAAAGUGGAUAUGCCACAACAGUAUAUACAAUAUAUUAAAGAGGAUCAAAAGGAAAAGGAACUUAUAAAUUUUGAUCAUAUUAUUAAUUAUAUGACUAAUAAUAUAUGGAAAUCUCAAAUACAUUAUUUGUCUCAUGGAAUUACCUUAUACUUUGAAAAUGUGGGCGAGGAGGUUGAUGAGGACGAUACUUGGUUUUAUUGUCUUCAAAAAAAAAAAAAAAAAAAUACUGAUAUGAAUAAAAAUAUAGAUGACAAUAAAAAUAUAGAUGACAAUAAAAAUAUAGAUGACAAUAAAAAUAUAGAUGACAAUAAAAAUAUAGAUGACAAUAAAAAUAUAGAUGACAAUAAAAAUAUAGAUGACAAUAAAAAUAUAGAUAACAAUAAAAAUAUAGAUAACAAUAAAAAUAUUUAUAACCAUCAAAAUAUUUAUAACCAUCAAAGUAAUGAUGAUGGUGGGGAGUGUUCAUCAAAAUUUUUCAUCUUAUAUAAUGAUAAUAUUUUAAAAGAAAAGUGUGAAAUAAAUUGCUCAUUAAAUAUAAUAUAUAAAUAUGUGAGAAUAUGGUUAUUAAGAUUAAAGUUACAAGACGUUGAUGUUUUUUUUUAUAUAAUGAAUGAAAUAAUUAAUGAUAAAAAAAAGAUUUGUGAAUUUUCUUCAUUAGUUUUUAAUUCUGUUUUAUCUUAUUAUGAACAUUUAUAUUUUUGGCUAUCAACUAAUACAGAUGUUUUGUGUUCCCCUUUUAUAGAGACACAAUUUAGUAUGAGAGAAGAGAAAGAUAUCAUACAUGAUAAUAUAAAUAAUGUUGAAAAAUCAGAUUUGUUUUUAAAAAAUAAAAAAAAAAAAGAAAUAAAAAAUAAUGAUAAGAAAUUUCUUGAAAUAAAUAUUCCAUUAAUAAUAAAAGAAAAAGUUGAUGAAAAAAAUAUUCAUAUGGAGAAUAUAUUAAAAUAUAAUAAUAAUGAUUUAAAAAUAAUAUAUAAUGAUAUGAAUAAUUCAAUGGAUAUAUUAUUAAAUAAUGAAGAUGAUAAAGAAAAUAUAAAUAAUUAUAUAAAUAAUAAUAUGAAAAAUUUGAAUGAUAAUUCAAAUUAUAAAAAUAAAGAUAUAAAUUCAAAUAUGUUAAAUAGUUUAAAUUAUUCUACUAUUAAUUAUAAUAAUAUUAAAAUUAAUUAUAAAAUAUGGAGAUAUAUGCCUAGCCCAUUCAAAAUAAUAUCAUAUAAUAAAAAUAAAUUAGAUAUAUUAAAUAAAAAUAAUGAUCAUAUCAUUUUAAGUUUUCAAAUUUCUUCUUUACCUGUAAAAAAUUUAAAAGAUGUAUAUAUAAAUAAUGAGCCAUUUAUUAAAUUCCUUGUAACGAAUAAUAUUGAUUUAAAUAUAGCUCAUGAAAGAGUUAUGAAUAUUUUACAAACAUAUAAUUUAAAACCAAACUAUUCAUUAGUAGCUACACAAACUAUUCUCCACAUUUCAACAUUUGAAUUAUUGCUCAAGGCUAAUCAAAAAAAGGAAUGA